UUUAGUUCGGUACAUAGCAGGCGAGCAAGCUAGCUAGUUAGCUCUAGCUAACACACGGUGUCGAUCGGUAGACAGUGUCCUUUGCCCCCACCUGUCGGGCACAGUUUACACAGCAGGCGGGAGGUAGGGGCGACACGUAUGCUAGCUUGUCACUAACAAGCUAGUUAGCGAUUACAUGAUGUCGCCCACUAGCCUCCCACCUUCUGUGAUAGCGGGGGCGAGCGGUAAACAGUGUCCUUCACCCCCGCCUGUAGGGUGUCAUGUAAAAAUAUUCCCUGCAUGAAAUAGUUCCCAAUCGUUCUGAUUGUGUUGUGAUUGUGACGUCAUGUUGUACAUUUUCUCACAGCGUGAAAAUGUUCCCAGUUCAAUAAUUGCAUGCGAGUCUCUUUAUGUGGAUGGAUGAGCUCUUGCGGAUGUGUCUCGGUGUUUAAGCAUUUGUUUGAGCAGUUCUGUUAACGACGGUGAGAGCAGGUGUUCAGCAGGCGGGAGCGAAGGACACUGUCUAUCGGCCUGGGCCUCAAGGUGGGGCAGAGUGAGGUGGGUGGUGGGGAAGGAAGGCCUAGCCCCCAUCCUUACAAGAGGCCAGCCCCAGCUUCUGCUCCAGUAGCCCCUAGCCCCCCAUCCUUACAGGAGGCCAGCCCCAGCUUCCACUCCAGUAUCCCCUUAGCCUAAGCCCCUCCAGGACCGAGAAGGGACCAUGAGCACAGGCAAGCCCAGCGGAAUCAAGCCCCCCAGUAAGAUAAGCAGGCCAACUGGGUUACCAACACGCACCUCCCCUUCCUCUGCUGCUUCCAAGCCUGUGCCCCCUGAGAAGUCUCCCACCCAGGAUGGAGCAGUGGACUACCGGGUGGGGGAGAAGGUGUGGGUCAACGGCAACAAGCCAGGAUAUGUCCACUUCCUGGGGGAUACACAGUUUGCUCCGGGCCAGUGGGUCGGCAUCGUCCUGGAUGAGGCUAUCGGGAAGAACGACGGGUCGGUGGCAGGUGUCCAGUAUUUCCAGUGUGAGGACGGCAGAGGGAUAUUCACACGGCCCUCCAAGCUGACCAAGACAGCUAUGCCGGAGAGGGAGGCCAAUGGUGGGCAGCCUAACCCUGGCGAGACAGGGGCCAAGUCCCCUACCGCUGCUGCAGUGGCUGCUAUUACCACUGGUAACAGCACCAAGACACCGCUGAGUAGAACCGUGACCGGCAGUGGGUCAAUGUCCAACCUCUCUGAGACCGACUCAGCCAGGAAGACCAGAAGAGAACUGAGACUGGGAGACCGCGUGCUGGUGGGGGGUACUAAGGCAGGGGUGGUGAGGUUCAUGGGGGAGACAGAGUUUGCCAAGGGGGAGUGGUGUGGAGUGGAGCUGGACGAACCUCUUGGGAAGAAUGAUGGAGCCGUGGCUGGAUCCAGGUAUUUCCAGUGCCUGCCGCGAUACGGUCUGUUUGCUCCAGUCCAUAAGGUGACUCGUAUCGGCUUCCCCAGCACCCUGGCUAAAGCCAAGGCUUCCUCUCGGAGACGCUCCACCAUGAAGAGGAGUCCCAGUGCCUCCUCCAUGAGCUCCCUGAGCUCUGUCACCUCCUCCGUCAGUGGGAAACCCAGCCGCGCUGGCCUGUUGAAAGAGACCUCGUCACGGUAUGCUCGUAAGAUCUCUGGCACCACAGCGCUACAGGAAGCGCUGAAGGAGAAGCAGCAGCACAUCGAGCAGCUAUUGGCCGAGAGGGACAUGGAACGCGGGGAGGUCGCCAAAGCAACCAGCCAUGCAGGAGCGGUGCAGCAGGAACUGUCUCUGCUCAGGAAGGUUCAGGAGCAGUAUGCUAUGGAGAUGGAAGAUAAGCUGGACCAGCUGCGUAAACUGGUGGAGACAGCAGACAGAGACAAGGUGGAGCUGCUCAGCCAGCUGGAGGAGGAGAAGAGGAAAGUGGAAGACCUGCAGUUCACUGUGGAAGAGGCUUGCAUCACUAAAGGUGACCUAGAGAUGCAGACCAAACUGGAGCAUGCCCAUAUUAAGGAGGUUGAGCAGAGCCUUCUGUUUGAAAAGACCAAAGCUGACAAACUGCAGAGGGAUUUAGAGGACACUAGGGUGGCCACAGUGUCUGAGCGGUCCAGGAUCAUGGAGCUGGAGAGAGAGGUAGCGGAGCUGCAGUUGAGACUACGCUCCUCCCAGCAGACAGGGGGCGCUGUGUCGCUGUCACCAGAGGCGCUCAGCAACCUCAAGGCCCGGGCCCAGUCCCAGGAGAAGAAGAUCAGUGAACUGAAUGUGAAUCUGGACAGCAGGCAGAAACAGCUAUGCUCUGUAGAAGACGACAAGAGCUCCCUGGAACAGCAGCUAACCAGCCUGAGACAGAAACUGGACGUAGCAGAGGAAAUGAACAAGAGGACGGCCCGAACCAUGCAAGAGCUGAAGAGAGGAGAGCAUACGGAAAAAGAGAGGGAGGCACAGAGAGAAGAGAACCAAGGCAAAGAGAAAGAGCUUCAGGAUAGACUGACGCAGGCUGCUGAGUCAUCAGAGAGGACCGCCCACUCACUGGAGCAGCUGACCAAUGAGAAGACAGCGCUAAAGGCUCAGCUCGAGGCACUGAAACAGCAGAAUUCCAAAUUCCAGGAAGAACUCAGUCUCUCGCAGGUGCGAGGCAGCUCAGAAAGCCAGCACAUUGGAACUCUGUGCAAGGAAAUUGAGGUACUGAAGCUGGCCAGUCUGAAGCCUCAGAACCAGCCAGACAUGAAAGACAGGGAAACUCUGUCCAACCAGGAGACAGAUGAGGACAAGGAGCUGGAGACUCUGAGGGAUGAGAUCGCGGUGCUGCGAGGUGAGAACGCCAUGGCCAAGACGCUGCAGUCUGCCGUGGAGACGCUGGAGAGAGACAAGGCCCAGCUACAGGAACGCGUCACCAGCCUGGAGCAGAGGCUAUUGGGACGGCAGGCCUCCGAGGGAGGGGACAGUGGAGUGCCUUCCUCAGGUGACACAGCUCUGGACCAGUUGAGAGAAGAGAAGGAGUUUGCAGAGGGACAGAUGAACUUCCUGAACAGUGUGAUUGUGGACCUGCAGAGGAAGAAUGAGGAGUUGAAGGUCAAGCUGAAGAAGAUGGCUCUGGCGGAGUUCAAUGGCAAUGACGGCACUGAUGGUUUGGAGGAGGGUGGAUCUAAGAAGGACAAGAAGGCUCCUCCUCGUCUGUUCUGUGAUAUCUGUGACUGUUUUGACUUGCAUGACACUGAGGACUGUCCGACCCAGGCCCAGAGCCCCGACUCAGUCCACCACUCUUCCUUCAAGGGCAAACCUGCCGACCAGCGGCCGUAUUGCGACAUCUGUGGGGCCUUUGGUCACUCCACAGAGUCCUGCCAGGAAGACCAGACCUUCUAGACACUCAUCUUCUCACCCCAACCAUGCCAGGCCUAGCUUUAGGACCCUUCACAGACCAUCAAACACACACCAGACUCCUUUCUCUGGGUUUUUAAUAACAUAGUAUUUAUGUAUGUCACUCACUGUCAUAGUCCACUCAGAUAACCCCAAAUCACCCACUACAAAAUACUCUCCUACUAUGUCUAAUACUUCCUCUAACUCUCCUCUCCUCCCUUUCUCUAACUCUCCUCACUCUCUCUAACUCUCCUCCCUCUCUCUAACUCUCCUCCCU